CGAGAGGUGGUAUAAGUGGGCUUUGGCUCUUCAGGGUUCAGCCUGCGGGUGGCAGACUGAAGCUGUGAAUAUGAGUGAUGAUAAACCGUUCCUCUGCACUGCUCCUGGCUGCGGACAGCGAUUCACAAAUGAAGACCACCUGGCGGUGCAUAAACACAAGCAUGAGAUGACCCUGAGAUUUGGUCCAGCACGCAAUGACAGUGUCAUCAUCGCUGACCAGACACCGACACCGACCCGCUUCCUGAAGAACUGCGAGGAGGUCGGGCUGUUUAACGAGCUCACCAGCCCGUUUGAGCAUGACUUUAAAAAGGCCACGGAGGAUGACAUUAAAAAGUUGCCACUGGACUUGUCUCCGCUUGCGACUCCUGUUGUUCGAAACAAAAUAGAGGAGCACACACCCAUUGAAUCCCACCGAGACAGUCCCCUUCCCCAUCCUGAGUCGACCACUACUGACGACAAGGAGGUUUCUUUGCAGCCGACCUCUCUGCCUCCAUCCACUAUAGUCCGUCCUGCCUCCCUCCAAGUCCCCAAUGUACUACUGGCCAGCAAUGAGGCUGGUGUUGUUAUUCAGCAAGCUCUCCCAUCUCCAACAUCUAGCUCUGUUAUAACCCAGGUCCCAUCCUCUAGUAGACCGAUAGUUCCGGUGUCCGGCACAUUUCCGGUUCUGCUGCAGCUGCCUAACGGCCAGACAAUGCCAGUUGCCAUUCCAGCUACCAUCGCCAGCUCCAGCGUACACAUACCCACUGCCAUUCCUCUGGUCAGACCAGUCACCGUAGUGCCUAGUGUCCCUGGAAUCCCCGGCCCCUCCUCUCCACAACCCGUCCAAUCAGAAGCCAAGAUGAAGCUGAAGGCGGCUCUUAGUCAGCAGCUCCCUCAGGUAACCAACGGUGAUGCAGGUGACAUCCAGAGCAGCUCAGCCAGCGAGACUCCGCCCCCGGCCCCGCCUCCAGCCGAGGAGCCACGCCCAAAGUCACUACAGCAGCCGGCAACAUCCACUACAGAAACGCCUGUGUCUCCCGCCCCUCCAGCCCAGCACACAACCAGUACAGGUGGGCGGCGGCGGAGAACCACCAGCGAGGACCCGGAUGAGAAGAGACGGAAGUUUCUGGAAAGGAACAGAGCGGCUGCGUCUCGCUGCAGGCAAAAGAGAAAAGUCUGGGUGCAGAAUCUGGAGAAGAAAGCGGAAGACUUGAGCUCCAUGAACGGACAGCUACAGAGUGAGGUGACUCUUCUGCGUAGCGAGGUGGCCCAGCUGAAGCAGCUUUUACUGGCUCAUAAAGACUGUCCUGUGACGCUCCUGCAGAAGAAAUCAGGAUACCACCAGCUGGAUAAGGAGGACAGCUGCGGGGAGAUGUCUGUUCCCAGCAGCCCACAGAACGAGGCCAUCCAGCACAGCUCCAUCAGCACAUCCAACGGCGUCAGCUCGUCCACAGCAGCCACAGCGCCGCUCGCGUCCGGCCCCGCUCUCGGGCCCGCCGCGGACCACAGCACAGAAGAGGAAGACGACUCGCACGUUGGCGGGGCCUCUUCCUCUCACACCCAGUCUUCAGGAAGCUGAUCAGGCCUCUGAUUGGUCACUUUGAUUCCUGGCAGCCAUGUUGAAAUGAGGGAGAUAAGAGAUGUUCCCUGGAACAUUUCGGUCUGGUCUCCCCUUCAUUUGAGCUCUUUUCAAUCCAGCGCAUUUUUACAAAGAGUGAGUACAGCAGUCGGGGAAAGGCACUUGGGAGGUUAUGCAGAAGUUGUACUGAUCAUUUUAUGGUUUUUCCAUUUGUGGUGUAUUUACUUGAGGAUGGAGAUGGGAUGAUUCACAACAGUCCAAUGUGUCCAGAUUCGUAGUGAGGAAACGGACGUACUGAAGCACUAUCGGAGGCUUAAAGAUGGAAGAAUUGGCCACUUUAUAAUUUAUUCGCCUUUUAUAUUUUGCACAUGAAGGAGUUUUUAAGCGAUCGUUGUUUUAAGUGCUUGACAUAAGCAGUUCCAGCAGAUUUUAGGAGUAGCUUUAAGAUAAAUCUGAUCGUCAGUCUUUUAGAAAUAGUGACGUGUUGUUGUGUGAAUGUUUUGUAUGGUUCUUGGCAUGUUAAAGGAAGAUUUUCUGACAUGAAUGAUUGUUUAUUGGGCAGUGAUUGUAGGAGUGCAUUAUUCACCAUGCUGACUUUUCAAAUGCUUCGAUAUGUGCCAUUAAUUUGGUCGUUUAUUUGUUGCAGGUUAUUGAAAAUACAAUAACAAGUUUGCUUUACAGUUUAAUUACAAUGAAGGUGAAUUAGUGAAAUAGACUUGCCUGAGAGCUUUUCAUGGACUUAUUUUGAUAAGAACCUUAAUGCUUUUUUAUAAGUGAUUUUUUCCGCUUACUUACAAAGUGGCUGACUUUGUAUUUGUGGUGUCUGACUCUUAGAAAGUUCAUUAGCUCAUUUUGGUUGUCUUUCUGAUUACAGCGUAAUUAAGGAAGCAUUGUAUAUGCCAUUCUGAUGAAAUCAUUGUAUGUGAUCUCUACUGGUAUUAUGUUUGUCUUAGGAUCAUGAUGACAAAAAAAAAAGAAAAUCACCCGAACAAACCUUUAAAAAAGGCUUUCUCUGGCCAACCUGUGGAACUGUUUUCAGCAACUCUUUCUUAAUAGCAUUAAACUCGACACGUGAAAAGGAACCAGAGCUGCUCUGACGGAUAUAAAACUUUUUUUUAAGUUUAAGUUAUGCUUAGUGACAAUUACUAAGUAAGAAAAAUAGAUGAAGUCUUUCACAAUCAUCCUCUUCUCUCUUUAAAAUCUAUUGGCUUACUACUGUGUAGUUCUACAAGACUUUGCUGCAUUUCGUUCUGCUUUUAAGUCGACUUGAUUUUGGUUUCAGAGGUAAAUUUGUAUGACGGUUGUUCUGUGCUUACCUGCAUGACUGAAUUCUCUAAGAGAAUCACACCAGUGUUUCAACCAUGUCUCUGUUGCAGUUGAACAUCUUGUUACUCUUAGAUUUUCAGCCAGGAAAUGGCAGCUUUACAAUGGGGGUUUUGUUCUUAUUUACUAGGUCCACUUUGGAAAAGGAUGUGAUUAUUAUUGUGUUGGCGGUCAACUUGUAACUUGUGAAAGUUAUGUAUAAAUUAUAAUAAAUUAAUGAAAUGUUGUAAUAAAUCUUUUAAUAGCUAUUUAAAGCUUCUGUC